UCUUUGUUGUAGAUUUCUCUUGCUUUAGUUUCCUUUCUCAGCCCCGCCGUGCACGUUCUCGGGACCUGAUCGACUUUGCCGGCUGGCACCGGCAGGUGGCGCCCGAACAGGGACUUGGGAAUCGGAACGCGACGAUGGCCGCUGCCCGCCAAGAUUGAGGUAAGUAAAGAGGAACCCCUAAUUAAUUAAAGUAAAAGGGCAGGGAGUGUUAUUGUCGAGAGUAAUAAAUCAUGGGACAAGGCAAUAGCCGCCAGUUAUUUGUACAUAUGUUGAAAACUAUGUUAAAAGGUAGGGGAAUUCAUGUAAAUAAGUUACAGCUAGAGAAGUUUUUACUUUUUAUAGAAGAGGUUUGUCCCUGGUUUCCAGAGGAAGGAACAGUUAGUCUGGAAACUUGGAAGAAAGUAGGAAAACAAUUGCAGACAUAUUAUUCCUUACAUGGUCCCAAUCGUGUUCCUGUGGAUGCUUUUUCUUUGUGGACUCUCAUAAGAGACUGUCUGGAUCCUGAACAUGAGGGACAUAAAAUUCAAGCGGCUCUCAGGGAUUCCACAGAACCCGAAGUUGCAGAGCCUUCCACCCCUCCGCCUGAGCCGCUUUAUGCUGUGCCUGAGGGAACAGCUUGUAAGGCUGGAGGGAAUGAUGAUGUGUUAAGCUCUGAUGAACAGGAAGAGUUAAAUGAACAAGCGGCUCAGUACCAUAGAGAGGAUAUGCCUUGGGAGAUGAUGGUUAGCAUGCAACCCCCCACAAGAAAAGGGGAAUUAAAGCAUUCAGGGCUUUCUGAAGAACAGCUGGAGAAUUUAAUUCAGAAGAUUGUUAUAGCAGUAAAGAAGGAUGCACAGGGAGACUCCCACUCCAGCCAGCCUGUGCCUCCAGCAUAUCCUCCCUCGGUUCUUGCUGGACUCGAUCCACCUCUGCCUUUCAUAGAACCAUGAGAGCUUAUAUCUAUCCCUGCUUCUUUGCCCGGUGAAAACAUAAAAAUUAGAAGUGAGAUAUUAUUAUCUCCUCUUCAACAAGCGAUUAAGUGAGCUAAUGAAGAAGGAGAACAUAUUCCCGGGUUUUCAGGAAUCUAUCCAGUAUUUGAAAAUGCUCAACAGCAGAGGUAUUAUGAACUGCUGCCCUUUAAGCAACUAAGAGAGUUAAAAAUGGCUUGUGCACAAUACGGCCCGACUGCGCCAUUUACUCAGGCUAUUAUAGAGGCUUUAGGAAAUCAAAAUCUGCCACCUAAUGAUUGGAAACAGGUCGCUCGAGCUUGCUUAUCUGGAGGAGAUUAUUUACUAUGGAAAUCUGAGUUUGCUGAGCAGUGUGGGAUCACAGCCGAUAUCAAUCGGCAACAGGGACUGAAUACCACUUAUGAAAUGAUAGUGGGAGAGGGGGAUUAUCGAGACACUAAUAAUCAACUUAAUUAUUUGCCUGGAGCCUACCCUCAGAUUAGUGCUGCGGCUCUACGAGCAUGGAAAAAACUUCCAAAUUCUGAUAAAAAGACUGAAGAUUUAUCUAAAAUUCGCCAGGGGCCAGAUGAACCAUAUCAGGAUUUUGUUGCCCGCCUGCUUGAGGCAGUUAGUAAAAUGAUAGGGGAUGAGCAGGCAGGAAUGGUGUUAGCUAAACAGCUUGCUUAUGAAAAUGCCAGUUCGGCUUGUCAAGCCGCCCUGAGACCUUACAGAAAAAAGGGAGGCUUAUCCGAUUAUGUACGGAUUUGUGCCAAUAUCGGCCCUUCGUACGUUCAAGGCAUAACUUUGGCCGCGGCAUUACAAAGACAGACAGUCAAAGAAGUACUGUAUCAACAACAAAAGCGAGAUAAGGGAUAAAAUUUUGCAAUUUGCUCAUUAUCACCAAUUUCUCUUCCCAAAAAUCGUUGUUUCUCAGCCCCUUGCUGACACCCUAACUGUAUUUACUGAUGGCUCUUCUAAUGGAAUAGCUAGUUUGAUUAUACAGGACAAUACCGCCGCCUGGCGUACUAAUUAUAAGUCUGCUCAAGAAGUAGAACUAUUUGCCGUUUUUCAGGCUCUAUUACAAAUUUCUGCUCCAUUUAAUUUAUAUUCUGACAGUCAAUAUAUCAUAAGAGCCUUAAACACUAUUGAGACUGUUCCAUUUACUGGUACUCUGAAUUCUACUAUCCAAACUCUUUUUCGUGAUAUACAACAUUUAAUUUGCUCCAGAGUUAAUAAAUGCUAUUUUGGUCAUAUUCGUGCUCACUCUGGACUUCCUGGACCUUUAGCACGAGGCAAUGCUUGGGCUGACGAAGCUACACGUAUGAUAUUUCCUUCAUUGGAACAAAUGGCAAAAACUUCUCACAGCUUACAUCAUCAAAACAGCAAUAGCUUAAGACUUCAAUUUGGCAUUACUCGAGAAGCUGCCAGACAGAUUGUUAAGCAAUAUCAAACAUGUCCUCAAUUUUUUAGCGUCCCCCAUUAUGGAGUUAAUCCCUGAGGAUUGUUGCCAAAUGACAUAUGGCAAAUGGAUGUUACCCAUAUUCCUGAAUUUGGUAAACAAAAAUUUGUUCAUGUUACUAUUGACACCUUCUCCGGUUUUUUUACACACCUCUCUACAAUCCAGAGAAGCUAGCAAACAUUGUAUAGCUCAUUACAUUAAAUGUUUUGCUGUUAUGGGAACCUCUAAAACCAUAAAAACAGACAAUGGUCCAGGAUACACUGGAAAAAAUUUUCAACUCUUUUGUACGCAAUUGUCUAUCUCACAUAAAACGGGUAUCCCUUAUAAUCCUCAAGGUCAAGGAAUUAUUGAACGGGCACAUCAAACUCUCAAACAUCAAUUGCAAAAACUAAAGAAGGGGGAAUUAUAUCUUAAUACCCUCUCCAACUCUCUAAACCAUGCUUUAUUUGUUCUAAAUUUUUUACAAUUGGAUAUAUGUGGCCGUUCAGCAGCACAGCAAUUUUGGAACUUUGAUGCACAAACAAUAAGACCUAAAGUCUUUUGGAAAGACCCACUUGUGGGAAAAUGGUAUGGACCAAAUCCUGUACUAAUCUGGGGACGAGGGCAUGUUUGUGUUUUCCCACAGGAUGCCGAAGCGCCGCACUGGCUGCCGGAAAGGAUAUGCUGAUCAUGACAAUGGUUGGAGCCUAUACAUUCCUGGAGUAACGAAAGAAUCUGGAACUCCUCAACGUCGUAAUGGGACUGGUCCUUUAGAUAUCCCUUUCUGCGACUUUGGAACAAGGGGAAGAGUCACUGCUGCACCAUGGAAACUGUGUCAAGAUGGAACUGCUAUAGUUUAUAACAUAUUUGGGACAAAUGAGUCACUGUGGGACUGGUCUCCAGAUGGCCCGAAACCCUGGAGCUCAAGAUAAUAGGAACUUUGCAUCCCGUAUUUGGAACUUGGGUGGCUCUAAAGUGUUCCAAACAGAAAUCUGGAAACUAGCUGCCGCCCUUGUAUGUGAGGGUUCCUACCUUCAGGUGGGAUCGAAAGUGAGACAUGGUUAUUUAUGGAAUCUCACCAUGAGGCACCCUCAUGCAUGUGUGCCUCACCCUUAUGCUUUACUAGUAGGAUCUGUAAAAAUACAACCUGGGUUACGAAAUUAUGAUGUAACUUGUAACAAUUGUACCUUAACUAGCUGCAUUAGGGGAAUUACUAAUCAAACUAGGGUUCUAGUCUUAAGACAGCCUGCUUUUGUUAUGGUUCCUGUAAAGAUUAAUGGGUCUUGGUAUGAUGAAAGAGGACUUGAACUUUGGAGAGAAGUAGAGGGUGCUUUAAUGCGUUAUCAUAGGGGAAUAGGGUUAAUAAUUCUGGGAUUUGUAGCUUUGGUAACCCUUAUUGCCUCGAUUACUGCAGCCCUGACCCUGGCACAAUCAGGGCAAACUGCAACUUUUGUUAAUAAUCUGGCACAAAAUGUAUCCGUUACCCUGGGGACUCAAGAAUAUAUUGACAAAAAGCUAGAGGAUCGAUUGAAUGCCCUUUAUGAUGUUGUAAAAUUUUUAGGUGAAGAGGUUCAAAGUAUAAAGUUGAGAUUACGGGUACAAUGUCAUGCUGAUUUUCGAUGGAUCUGUGUUACCCCAAAAAAAUAUAAUGGUAGUAUAACUGCUUGGGAUAAGGUGAAAGCUCAUUUAGAAGGUAUUUGGCAUAAUGAAAAUAUUUCCUUAGAUUUGCUGCAUCUACAUCAGGAAAUAAUGAACAUUGAAAAUGCGCCUAGACCUGAUUUGGAUGUUGCAAAAAGAGCUGAGUCUUUUGUUAAAGAACUUUUUUGACAUGUACCUACCGUCAAUAGUAUUUGGUACUUGGGAGUGGCCAUAGGAGGACUAUUCUUAAUAAUUUUAACUGUUUUAUUUCUUGCACCUUGUUUAAUUAAAAAACUGAUUGAUGAUCUAUGGAUGAUAAAGGCUUCCAUCUAUGGAAAUGGUCUGAGGUUAAAGGAACAUAA